AUGGCUCCGAUGGCAAUCCGAGGACACUUCGAAUUCAAUAAUGUAGUCUGCCUCGUGCGCGACAGGAUGUUCAUGGACUUUGAGUACUGCUACUUGAAGUCCGUGAAUCGCACGUACAAGUACCUUUCGCUAAAAACCAAGUUGUUCCACCUGCCCGUCGACAACUGCGAGACCAGGUUCCAGCUGAGGAUGCGCGAGAACAGGCGACUCCUUUACAACUUUGAUUUCAAGGUGGAAUCCUGCAAGUUCCUGCGGGACCGCAAGCACGUGGUCGCCAACUGGGUCUACCAGACCUUCGCCCCCUACUCGAACCUGAAUCACACCUGCCCCUACGACCACGACGUCGUGCUCGACAAGCUUCCCGUGCAGCACCUGAACAAGCUGGUCCAGUCGAUCACGAUGGUCGCGGGCAUUCCGCGCACCGAUGUCCUCCUAUACUUCACCAAGAGCUAAACAGUCAUAUCCAAUGAUAUACAAGCUCUU